AUGCAUCUCACUCAGAGAAGAGAGCCUGAGAAUUCUGCUGAGGACCCUCUUAAUAACAAUGGGGAUCGAGAGAGGUCAGGAAAUCCAGGUGACCAGCGUUGGACCAAGCCCUGGAAACGUUGUACACGUAAAUUCCUCUUUAUCCUCUUGACCAUUGCUGGCAUCGGCAUCGUGGCUUUGUCAGGGAUAGCACUGAAACUUGGUUUUGAUCCUCCACGCUCCCCUGCUGUCCCUUGGUGCCCUGACGGCUGGGUCGGGUACCUGGGGAAAUGUUACUACUUCUCAGAGGCCGAAGGGAACUGGACCUUCAGCCAGAGCAACUGCUCCUCCUUCGGCGCCUCCCUGGCUACGAUCGACACCCUGCCUGAAAAGGCUUUCAUGCUGCGCUAUAAAGGCCUUUCCGAGCACUGGAUUGGCCUGCGGAGGGAAGAGGGCGAGCCCUGGAGAUGGGUGAAUGGUGCAGAAUUCAACAACCUGUUUGAAAUCCGAGCCAACGGCAACUGUGCCUAUCUGAACGACAAGGCUGUCAGCUCCUCGUGGUGCCACACGCUGCGCAACUGGAUCUGUGCCCAACGCGAUGCGUACACGAAGGGCUAG